CAAGGGUGCCGCUCCGCGCAGCUCGCGCACACUCGGUGGCGCGCGCGCCAGGCGCGGAUCGAUGCUGAGGUCAGCCGUGCCAGCCGGCAUCAAUGUGCCAGCCGGCAUCAAUGCCACCGCCCACGACUCUUCCGCCAUGAAUGCACAAAUCAUGCUCUCGUUCGCCAACACGCCGCAGCCAGGCACCGAAGGGGCAGACGACGAUCAUGAUGAGACUGGCAGCCAGCCUGCGGCGGAGGAUCUGGCGAUGCCGAAGCAGAAGACCUGCCGCUACGACAGCAGCCUCGGCCUGCUCACCAAGAAAUUCGUGACGCUCAUCCAGACGGCGCCCGAAGGGAUCCUCGACCUCAACCAGGCCGCGACCCAGCUCAACGUGCAGAAGCGGCGGAUCUACGACAUCACCAACGUGCUCGAGGGGAUCGGCCUGAUCGAGAAGAAGUCGAAGAACAACAUUCAGUGGAAGGGGAUGGGCCCGAACGGAUCCAAGGACCUGGAGGACGAGCUCGAGAAGAUGCGCGACCAGGUGCGGACGUACACCAGCCAGGAGCAGUGGCUCGACCAGUCCAUCGAGCAGAUGCAGGCGUCGCUACGCGCGCUGGCGGAGGACGCGGCGAACCAGGAGCAUGCCUUUGUCACACACGAGGACAUCCGCAACAUCUCCGCGUUCUCCGCCGACACGAUCAUCGCCAUCAAGGCGCCGUCGGGAACCACGCUGGAGGUGCCCGACCCGGAUGAGGGGAUGGAGUCGGGGCAGCGGCGAUAUCAGAUCUACCUCAAGUCGCAGACGGGGCCCGUCGAGGUCUUCCUCGUCUCCCCAGACGCGUCGGAUGGCGCGGCCAGCGGCGAGGCGUCCACCUCGGCGGGCGCAGCCCCGGCGGAGCCCUCCGCCAACGGCGGCGCGGCGGGCGGCGCGGCGGACAGCGGCGACGGGAGCGACGCGGCGCGGAGAAAACGGGCGCGCACCGACGAGGCCGGCAGCAGCAGCGCGGGCGCCGCGGCGCCGGCAGCGUCGCCCGAGCGAGGCGGCAAGCGGAGCGACCCGCUGCUGAAGCUCUCGCCCGUGGCGGCGGCGGGCGACUAUUGGGACGUGCAGCCCGAUGCUGUCGGCGUGUCGGAGCUCUUUGCAGGCAGCACGGCCGAAAACCCGAGCGGCGGCGGUGCGGCGGGCGGCGGCAGCGCGGGAACGGGAGGCGUCGUCAAGGUGGCGAUGGACUAGCGGGCGGCAGUGGGAGUGGGCGGCACGCUUUGGCGCGGGAGGCGGCCAUUCAACGACGGGCGGACGCGCGGGCCGCGCCGUGCCCCCUUCGCCUCCCCCCGCCCUACCCCGGGUCCGCACCAGCCCAUCCCAUCCUACGUGACGCCGCGGGCAGCGUCCAUGCGAUUGCGCCGGGCGGCUCCGCCGCUUCCCGGAGACUAUACUACGUGGGGAGGGACCGGUCCCGGUGGCAUGGAGAGGGAGGCGGAGGAGGAGCCCGCCGCGCCGCAGCGGCGGCGGCAGAGCGCCGAUGGGCGGCGCUCUCUGUACUGCUUGGUUUCGGGUGGGGCCCGGCGGGGUUGGGCCGUGGCAGUCAUACGGUGCAUAUCGUGGAGUCUGUGGGCUGCAGGACGGUGACGCGGCAGGUCGGAGGUCGGCGCACGGCGGUCCGUCGCCCUAGUUGUUUUUUUGAGCGCGGAGGGGUGGAGGUUACCGCAAUGGAGCCGUCGAGCGGCGGGGCAUAUGCGACUCAGUCAUC